AGAUGAAUGUUUAAAGGUGAUGUUUUGAAUAGGUUUCAUAAAUAUCAAGAAUCAUACUGACAUUCUCGUAUGAAAUCAACAAAGGAGAGUUACCAUAACUGACAUACUUCUCUUUGCAUUCCAAAUACUAAUACUUAUCAGACAUUUUAUUAUAUAAAGAGCUAUCUGCUUUAAAUUAGUAUAGUUAUAUUGAAUUCAUUUUGGGGGCGGUGGUAAAUUUAAUUCUUUUGAGAAAAGAAAUGGGAUUAAAUAAAAGAUAAUAUCUACAUCUAUAGUACUUUUCUCCCUAUUUCCCAAGAUUUCCUUGUAGACUGUUUGUACAUUAUGCAAAUAAGAUGUAUGAAUGUACACUGUAAAGAAUCCUAUUUUUCAGAGGGGAUCUGAAAUAGAAAUCAUUUGGUACUUAGAGAAACUUUCCUUCUAGCGUCUCAAUAAAUAAUCUGCUUUUCAUUUUCAUGUUAUUCCAGCACAUUUGAUUGUAAUAAACUAUUAAGCACUGUCUUCUAUAAUCAUGACCUUCCCUCUUGGAAACAUCUACUUAGGCAAAAGAUGAGAGUAUCAGCUUGUUUCUCUGAAUACUAGGAACCAGAGAACAAAUACCAAAUUCUGUUUAAAAUCAAAGAUAGAGGAUUUGACCUGGAGAACCAUGCCUGAAUCAAAGCAAGGAGGACCUGAGACUCAUUUGACAAAAGUUGAGGGUAGGUUGUAGAGAGAGCCAAGAACUUAGUAAGCAAAAAGACCAAAGCUUAGAGAGAGUGACCUUCUAUAGAAAUGAGUGAAUUAUGGAGGCAACUAGGCUCUGGAAAGUGGCUGGCCUUUUGUGUUCCUGGUGCCAUGUUGCACAAAUAGUCUAGAUCCAUAUAUAGGAAUGGAGAUAAAAUGUAUGCCAUUCCUCUUCUCCCUCAGAUUCCUGUACCAGUAAGUAUAUCUCUGGUUUUCUUGGGUUUAAUGGAAGCCUUAAUACAGAGGCCAGGAAGGUCAUAUAAAAGAGUGGGCUGGCUGUAAAAGAAUAAGGAAUCAUGAGGACUAUGGUAAAAUAAUGAACCAAUACAAUCUACAGCUCCAGCUGAUUACUGCCAUUACCAGAAUGGGGGUCCCAGGUUAGUAGAUUUUCAGAGUUUUGUUCAAGAGAAGCUAGAAGUAUGUUUUCUUAUGAAAUUUUCUAAAUUUUCAUACAUUUUGUGGGUCAAACAAAACUUUAUUUUAUGUGUGGCAUGACAGUUCGCCUCUUUUAAUGCAUUUUCUGUGCAUUGUCAGAGGUUCCCAUGAGUGUUCUGAAAUCUGUUUCUUCUAGCAAACAGAUAUGGGAGCUGAUCAUGGUGUCAAUACAAAUUUAUUUUUUAUCCAUUGACAUAUCUGAGUUGUGAUGGGUUGUUGCAACACAUUACAGAGGCAUGUGGAGUGGAGGAUGGCCAGAAACAGUGGAGUGUGUAAUUUGGGAGACCACAGAUUAAUGGUCUCUAUUUUAUUAAAGGUUCCUGAGUUGUAGACCUCUGAUUUGGGUAGACAGGUAGUACAGUCAGAAAGACAACCGAUAUCUCUCAGAUACCUUCUGGUACUUGCCAUCUUGACAUUACUCAAUAAUCUCCUUAUACCAUUUCUUGAUAGACCAGAUGUAUUCCUGGACAAUAUUUUUUAGAUAUUGUCUAGGUAAGAGAAAACCAGUGAGGGAUACCAGACACUACAGAUGGAAUGGGGGUAGAAAGUAUAACUAUAGCUUUCAGAGAAAAUUACAGAUUUUCUAUUCCUUGCAUACUUUGAUCCCCUCUGAAAUCCUCAUGAGCAGAAUUUGGAAACCAGGUCUAAACUUUUAUAACUCUUUUGUUUUUUAACUUAUUUAAAAUGUUUCUUAAUUAUUUGAUUUUGCAUAGGUAAUGCAAACAAAAGAUUGAUAUGGAAGAAAAGAAGGGAGGAAGGAAAGGGAACCAAUAAAGUCAGGUCCUUCUUAUCUCAGACCCUGCUUCCCCUUUCCCCUGAAGUCACCCACUAUUUCUAUUUUCUUCCAUUAUCUUUCCAGAGAUAUUCUGUACUUAAACCCAUUGGAAACCAUAUAGUAAUCAGGGGUUUUCUACCCUUGCACCUGACAUCUUGGGGAUAGAAAUGCAAUUUCUGAUGGCUGAGUACUCAUCAGCCAUUAGGAACUGAUAGAUUAGAAAAAUAGGAAGGUGAAGGGAAUCUAGGAUUUCAAGGUCUAAAUGAAGAUUAGAUUUGAAGGUAGUAAGGGAUGAUAUGUAAUUCACAAGAUCUAAAAUUAGGAUAAUUAGACCUGGUAUUGGUUUUAACUAACAUAAGUGUUUAUACCCAAGUAAAGCAAAAAUAUGGUCCCUUUUUUUUCUUUCAUAUUUAAGCUCACAGUAUUAUAAUGAUUAACAAAGUCUGUGUAUUCAGUGAAUAUUGUCUUUCUUACCCAGUCAUACUUGAUCUUGCUAAGUGCUCAAAUCUGUAAAUUUUCAGACUUCUAAUUGCUCAUGUUUAAUUUAAAAAUAAUCUCUAAAGAUAUUUGCAAGGUUUUUGAUCCAUAGUCUAUAAAAAUAUUCAGUACCAUAGGCAGAAAAAUCAUAUUUCAGGUAAUAGAGUAUGUCACUGCAUACAAAUCCAUUCUUACUUCAAUCAAAAAAGAAUAUGAUGCUUUUAUUGAGACAAUAAAGAAAGGCCAAAGAACUGCAUUUAAUCUUCAUGGCAAACUUAAAAUUUUGGCAGCAGAGCCCACAGCAUUGGUAUAUCACAGGAAAAGAACAAUCCAACUUGAAGCAAAGCAUGACACUCCCAGAAUCUGUCAAUUUAGAUGCUCUCACUAAAUACCUGAAACAUCUUGAAGAUAAAUAUGCAGAAAUUAAGCAACUUAUGUUGAAAAAAUACAUACCAGCUCAGAGGAAGGUGUAUUUAGAUGAAGAAAUGGUUGUGACAGUAAAACGGCGAGAUUUAGCUGAAAAUCUGAACAAAGAUUUACAGUUUCGUUAUAAAAGGCUGCAGAUUAUUUCCUAUGCAUUUACUUCAUGGGUAAAGUCUGAUAAGAGCAGCUCAUUUCAAGACUUCGUGAAGCAGAUUCUGAACACUAAAGAUUUACAUGAUGACCAAGGCAUUGUUGAGGGACUGUUUGAAGAUGAUCCAGGCAAGGCAAAAGAAGCUGAAGUUUUGCUUUACUACAUUGAAAGGUUCAAUGAAUUGAUUGCACUUGGUGAGUAUGAAAAGGCAGCUGGUUUUGCAGCAAACAGUCCUAGAAGAAUUCUUCAAAACAUUGGGACAGUGAAUAAAUUUAAAGCUGUUGGAAAAAUUAAAGGAAAGCCUUUUCCAUUACUCUUAUUUUUUGAGGCUGUAUUUGGCACAAGUCAUGCUUUUAGACAGCCUAUUGAUACAGAAUUAACCCUGGAAGGAAUCAAAUGUGGAUUAUCUGAAAAACGUUUAGAUUUAGUUAUCAAUUGGGUCACCCAGGAAAGGCUGACAUUUUCUAAGGAGGCUGGGGAUGUGCUUUAUGAUUAUGGGGAGCAUAAUACUUAUUACAAGCCCAAGUGCCUGGCUUUAGCACAGAUUAUCUACAGUGAAUGUGGCCUGUAUAAGAAAGUUCUUCUUUGCCUGUGUAAACAGGGCCAGAUUCAGGGGGCCUUAGACUACAUGCAACAAUUCAAGGACUUCACUUCCAAUGACCUGAUGGAACUAAUAAAGUUAUGUCCCCACACUGAAUUAAUUCAAUGUCUCACUAAAGAGUGGAAUGGCAAACCACCAUCUUUAUCUUUUGGUCUUGUUGUACUUCACCUCUUCUCUGCAGAUAUGGAAAAAGUUGGCAUUAAGCUACUUCAGGAAAUAAAUAAAGGUGGGAAAGAUGCAAUUGAAAAUCUUAUGAUAAAUGAUCCAUUUUGCUCCCUAGAAAGCUGGCAAGAAAUGGCAAAUAUAUGUUUACAGAAUGGCUUUGACAAAUUAUCUAAUGAUAUCAUGUCCAUUCUUCGAUCUCAGGCUGGAGUUAUAGAAACUUCUGAAGAGGAUGAUACAGUCAAUUUAAUGCAACAUGUUUUUUGGUAGUUCUAUGUUUUAUCCAUUUGAGAGGGCUUGUACAACAUUUUGUGAUGUUGCUUGGACAAACUGAUUUUGGCAUAACAUAAAUAAAUCGAGUGUG